AUGGAUGACCCAGAGUUUGCGGCGGAGUUGCUGAAGUUUGGUGCAGAGGGCAUUUCGUCGACUGAGUCUGCACCGAUACAAGUUCAUACAUUAUCGCAUAUUGCACCUGCAAUGGCCGCUGAUCCGCCGAAAGCAACUCUACCAAGCUCUAGAUCGUUGAAAACUGCCCCAUCUAUUGAUGAAGACUACCUGAUUGACGCAUUUGAUGAUGAAUCCGACUCGGAAGAAGAAACAAACCACCUCACCUCGGUUAUGUCAAGUGGAUCGCUACACUCUAUGCCCUCGACUUCGCCAGAUGCAGAAGCAAGUGAAGCGCAGUCGAAGGAUACAAAUGCGAAGGAUGAGCGGAUUGCUGAUCUCAAUUCACAGCUCCAAAAGGCUAGACAGACAGCGGUGGUAUUGAAAAGGAAAGGUGACAUUCAAGGUGCUCUUGAGUCUAUGAGACGAGCGAAGCAGAUUCAAACUCUCAUCGAUCGCAAGCAUCAGGUUUCUGGGGUCCCUGCAGCUCUUUUGGUACCAGCCCAGGAAUCGGUCAAUGCAGCAAAUUUCCAGAAGAUUGAGCAACUGCUGGUCGAAUUUGGUAACCGUGCAGCAACGCUGGCGAAGGAAAAUCUGUCGGUGAGUCGCGAAAAAGCAUCCGAGUGGCUGAGCAAGCGAAAACGGUAUGGAGCAGAACUGGACAAGCUUCGACAAAUGCGGCAGAACCCGCUGCAGCUCGCCCCGAGCUACGAAAUCGUCAAGACUUCUCGUCAAGUAGAAUUUGAACUGGCAUUUGUUCCAGACGACCAGAUCAAGGUGUCCGUGAAGAGCGUGAAUGAGCUACGACAGGUGGCGGGCAAACCUGUGUUUGUCAAGUUUUGUCUCAACUUCCCGUCCGCAACACCCCACGAAGGCCAAACCGCCGAGUUUGAGAUUAAUGCAAAGCCCCCCUAUCUCACUGAGGUGCCCUCGAGUGAGCAGAGCUUUAGCUUCAGACUGGCACGAUCAAGAGGGACUAUGCGUCUGUUUGAGAUCAAGAAGGCCAUUUUUGAAGUCUGGAAACCUGGAACGCUGUUCCGCAACCCCGAGCUUGUAGCGCGAGCGUAUCAAGAAUUGACACCUCUGCUCACUUCGUGCGAAAUUAAUACCCAUAUCCCGUUUCUUGGAUCAAAUAGAAAACCGUGCGGUGGAGACAUCGAGAUCGCGCUUCAAAUGCGUCGUCCACUAAAAGAAAGGGAGACUCGCCUUGAGACCGUCGAAGAGCUGGUUAUUGGAGACUAUGUGGAGCCCGUAGCUUCGUCUUCGAACCAUGUGCCUAUGCCUAGUGAUCAAGUUGCUCCUCCGCCCGCUUCUCUUGACGACCCGCAUCAUGUUGAUCUGAUUGUGAGCUACGACGUGAUGAACGAAGAGCUUGAGAAGUUGGGGGCGAAGUUGCCUUCGCUAACGGGGCCUGCUGCGAUCGAAUUAAGCGAUCGACAUGAUUCUCUAACGCUGAAGAAGCAGCUGCUGGAGAUCGAAAUGCAGACUGGCAAACUGACGCUGGAAAUGUACGUCGAGCGACUGCACAGCCGCAUCUCGGCGGAUCGAGUGCUGGUCUCGCAGCUUCUAGCCUCAAAUCGACGGUUGGAUGCGGCGCGCGUUCUCCACCGAGUCAAGAUCAUGGAAAAGGAGCUGGAGGGUACGGAAGGUGGCUCCGAAGAUGCGUAG